CGUGUGGCGUGAACGCCAUAGAGUACGUACAAUAACUUGUUGCUUUUUUUUUACCUGUUGCAAUCAUAAGUUAUAACGGAAAUCUAGAGUAAUAGAUUACAAACCCGUCGGAUACGAUGAAAAUGUUUGGGUUAAAGAGAAUCGUAGACGAGAAGGUCGACAAAACCGUCAAUAUGGCUUCAGACGUUAUGAACUGUUUACUGGACUCGACGUACAAGGGUGGAUUAUUCUCAAUGAUUAUCGUUACCAUAGUAUGGGUGUCCAUAUUUCUGUACAUAGCAUUCUAUUAUGCGUACAUGCCUUCUCUCAUGUUCAGCCGCCCGAUUCACAUGCAAUUCAAAUCAUGUUACAGCAAUAAAGGUUUAUGUGAUUAUCCAUCAGCACAUGUUCAGUUAACUAAAAACCACCAGUUGCUAAUGAUUGGUCAAAAAUAUAAAAUUACUGUUUAUGUUGAGCUACCAGAAUCCCCAGUGAAUGAAGAAAUCGGAAUGUUUAUGCUCUGUGUUCGUUUGAGUGACAAAUUCGGCUAUCUUGUAUCAUCUUCUUGUCGGUCCAGUAGAUUAAGGUACAAGAGCCAACUGUAUCGUGCUGUUCAUACAUUGUUCAUGGUACCAUUUUACUUGACAGGAUUAUCCGCAGAAAAACAAUUAAUCCAGUUAGAAAUGUAUACAGAUUUUGAAGAAGAUCAAUUACAUCCAGUUACAGACAUUUACUUUGAGAUGUUAAAUCAUGAUAUUCAAAUUUAUUCUGCCAAGAUAAAUAUCAUUGCUAACUUGGGCGGCUUACGAUACCUUAUGUUUCAUUGGCCGAUAUUAUCUGCUUGUCUAGGAAUUGGAUCAAAUCUUCUUUUUGUAUUUUUUGUGUUCUCAAUGUCAUGGAGACAUAUAUAUGGAUCUGAAGUUUAUAGAAGUGAACCAAAUGAUCUUUUGAACCGAACGGGCAUCGAGCAAUUGGAUGAAUUUGAUUCUGAGGAUGAAUCCGAAAUAUCAGAUGAUUUAUGCAAAAAAGGAUUUCUCCCUUAUAGUUUUUCAUCAUCCAGCCUAAUGAUUCCUGAGCAAUAAUUAAUAUUCUUAUUUUUAACUAGUAAUAUUUUGAUUUAUCAUAACUAGAUAAUGGUGUAAUUUAUAACUGCUAGGUUAGAGAAACUCUUUUAUUGUAGGUACCUAUAAUAUUAUUGUAAUCUUUGUUUUAGAUUUAAAGCUGAUGGGUACUAGAAAAAUAUAGAGUAUAAACUAUUCAAUUGUUUCUGUGGUGCUUUUAUUUAGUGUUUUUUAUUUUACUUAAAAUUAAUGUGUUUAAUACUUAUUAUUAUUCCUUAAUUAAUUUUGUUUAAUUGGUUGUUUGUUAAGGGAAUUAUAUUUUUUUUAGUUUUAUAUCCCAUUAUAGUUACCAAAUUCUAUUGUUAUAAUACCUGUAUAAUUUUAAAAUUUGAAGCAUUUACUAUUUGUAUUUUAGUAUGUACUAUAAGCACAGGAAAUGGAAGCAUUAACAUUUUGCUGUGCUUAUUGGAAUAAUGUGAAAAAAAUUUUGUAUGCAGUUUUUAAAAAAAUGUAUAAAGAAUAAAAAAUUGAAGUAAUAUAUUCAAAU